CCCGGGCCCCUCCCUCCCCACCCACCCACCCCCUCGUGCUCCGAGGCGCAGGGAAGCAUGCACAGGCUCUGAACGAUGUACGGUGAACGCAACUCGUCGUCUGCGGCCGUGCGCGGGGUCUAGCGUCGCGAGCCUCCCACCCGGAUUUUAAUCGAGAGAGGCGACGGUGGGGAAGGAGGAGGUGGUGGUCAGGAGGCAGCGCCGCUGUUGUUCGAGCGACAGCCGUGGCGGUGGAGGGAUCCACGCUGCCGUGAAGAGGAGGAGGCCUGCGAUGUCGCGGAGGGCCGCCGGGCGUGGCCGGCCUGACAAGCCCGAGGCCGUGAUCCACUCGCUGCAGACCGCCAACGAGGAGCUGAGGGCGAAGCUGACCGACAUCCAGAUCGAGCUGCAGCAGGAGCGCAGCAAGGUGAGCCGGCUGGAGCGCGAGAAGGUGCAGGAGGUGCGUGCGGCGCGCGAGCAGGAGCAGCGGCGGCACACGGCGGCCGUGAGCGAGCUGCGCACGCGGCUGCACGAGGAGCGCGCACGGGAGGCGCAAGCGACGCGAGAGGCGCUGCUGCGGCAGCACGAGGCCGAGCUGCUGCGCUUGACGCGCAUCAAGGACGGGGAGGUGCAGCGGCUGCACGCCACGGUGAGCGCGCUGCGCGACGGCGCCACCGACAAGGCGCGGACGGCGAUGCUGAGCGAGGCUCGUGAGGAGGCGCGGCGCUCCUUCGAGGCGGAGCGCUCGCGACUGCAGAGCGAGGUGGAGCAGCUGAGGUGGGCGCGGCGCAGCGCCGAGGAGACGCUCGGCACCGUGCUGCAGGCCGACCGACAGAAGGCGUCCGAGCUGCGCGCCUCCCACCACCUGCACCAGGACGAGAUGGCGCGCGUCAAGCGCGACUGCGAGCGCGAAAUCCGCCGCCUGAUGGACGAGCUACGCUCCAAGGAGCGAGCGGCGGGUGAGCUGGAGAGAGAGCUGGGCGCUCAGGUGGAGGCUGCUCGCCGUUUAUUGCAGACUCAGCCGCGCGACGGGCGGGCGGCAGACGAUGCGGCGCUGUCGCCGGGAACGCCGCCCCAAUCGGCGGCGGCGGCGCUGGGCACGGCGACCAGAGAGGCUGAGGGGUCGGAGGGCUCCUCCAGACGCGCGGGGGUUCGUUUGGCUAGCCCCAGGAAGGAGGCGCAACCGUCGGCCGCCGACGGUGCAGGGGAUGCCGGCGAGCAGGCGCGAGGCAGCCCCCCUGAGCAUCAGUUGGACGAGAGGGACGCCCGGAGGUUCCGGAUGAAAAUCGCCGAGCUGGGCUCCGUCGUGCGCAAGCUGGAGGAUCGGAACACGCUGCUCUCGGACGAACGCAACGAAUUGCUUACUGCCGUGCGUCAGGCCGAGAGCCAGUGCCGGCCCCUCAUGGAAAAGAACAAACGCCUCUCGCGCAAGAACGACGAGCUCACUGCAGGCCUGCAGCGCCUGGAGGACAAGCUGAAGCUUCUCACGAGGGAGAACUCCGAGAUGAAGCAGAGGUGUACAGCCAAGGAGGCCUUGAGGAGGCCGAGCUCUCUCAACGACCUGGAGCAGUCGCAGGAGCAGCGCGAGAUCGAGUUCCUGCGCAUGCAGGUCAUCGAGCAGCAGAACAUGAUCGACGACCUCAACCAGGAAAGAGAAAAAUUAAUGCGCAUUGUGAAACCAGUCCGGAAAGACCUCAAGCCCGUCAAGAGGCCGGUUGUGGAGACAUAUUUUGGGUAUGACGAGGAGGUCUCCGUCGACUCGGAUGCCUCCUCCCUCUCCUAUGCCACCGACCGCACGCCUGGCACUCCCGACGACGACAUCGAAGACUCUCUGGUGCAGGGGGAGUCAGAGCUGCGCUUCCAGCAGCUGAUGCGGGAGUACCAGGCCCUCCAGAGGGCAUACGCUCUGCUCCAGGAACAAGUGGGUGGGUCCCUGGAUGCAGAGCACGAUGCCAAGGCACGAGAGCAGAUGCACGAGGAGCUCAUGUACCUGCAGGCAAAGGUCGCGGAUCUGGAGAGGGUCCUCAUGGAGCACGGGCAGGGCAAGGAAAUUAAAUGGAUUGAAGAAAAACAAGAACUUUAUCGGAAAAACCAUGAGCUGGUUGAAAAGAUCCGGAGCCUGGAGACGGAGGAGGACCGCCUGAAGCGCGACAUCCAAGACGUACGAGACCAGAACGAGCUGCUGGAGUUCCGCAUCUUGGAACUGGAGGAAAGGGAACGCACCUCCCCAUCCAUCACUCUCACGCCGGUACCUUGCCCUGAGGGCACAAGUCCCCUGCAGCAAUUCUGCACGUCCGAGGGCAUGGCGGACAUUACCAUAACGGAGUUGAUGAAGAAGCUGGACAUUUUGGGAGAUAAUGGGAAUCUAUCAAACGAUGAACAGGUUACCAUUAUCCAUGCCCGAGUUGUGCUUACUCUGGCCGAUAAGUUCCUGAAGCAGAUUGAGGGGAAGGAGGCAGUCCUGCAACAGAAAAUGAUUGACCUGGAGAAGGAAAAGGAGCUCUUCAUUAAGCAGAAGGGCUACCUGGAGGAAGAGCUGGAUUAUCGCAAGCAAAUGCUGGAUCAGGCGCAGAUGCGUGUGCUGGAGCUGGAGGCGCGCUUGUACCACGUGCUGCAGCAGGAGGGCAGCAGCGAGGCGGGCGCCGGCGUCAAGCCGAGCGAUCGGCAGCUGUCGGAGCUGCGCGGCGCCGCAGAGCAGUGGCGCCGCCUCGUGGUGAACGAGACGCGGCAGCACGAUGCGCAGGUGCUGCGAGACCGCAUGGAGCUGCUGCACCAAGCCCUGCACAGGAUACGAGACCUUGAAGAUAAGCUGGACCGUCAGAUACGGCAAAUUCAGGAGCUCGAAGAAAAGUUCUUCUUUUUGUUUUUAUUUUUCUCCUUAGCAUUCAUUGUCUGGUCAUGAAGGCUCUUCAAAGGAUGGAAUCGAUGUUGAGCCAACCCUGCCACACCUGCAGAGUCUAAUGCUUGAACGAGAUCACUUUCCCAGAGCGAAAUCAAUCAGCCCCACAAAUCGCCUUGCCUUAACCCUGAGAAGCAUUUAGGAGGCCGAGGGAAAGGCUUUGCAACUUACGAGCAUGAUUGGGGGGAGGGGGAAUGAAUGGCCCGAUAGCAGACUCUAAACGUAAAAACACAGCGUACGUCGGAGAAAAAUGCCAAAGCACAAACUGGUUAGCGGGACAGUGCAGAAGACCGAAGGUUUAACGUCGAAUGGAACAAUGUUUUUAUAGUACGUUGCGUGUUGUGAGUGUGCAAGUUGGGAGUACAGGGUUUCUCGUUCUGAAACUGGAAAUAAGACGUUUGUUUAUGAAGUAGAAGCCAUUGUGCUUUGAAAGCUUGCUGCAGAGAAGAUGUACUGUUUGAAAUAGUUUUGAAAUUUAAUCGAAAGCUCAACUGAAAUAUUUUUUUUCGGCUGAAAUUGCAAUGCAAGCACUGCAGACACUUUGCUGUUCAACCACACCGAGGAGCAAGGCUUCCAGCGACCGUUCGUGCUACGCGGAGAGGAUCAAGAAAUAUUUUCUACGUAAAACAAGAGUGCACAGAGUCAAUGCAGCGGAACUAUCGGACAACCGGGAAUCGAUUUACCUUAUAAUUGUUUAAAAGAAGAAAAAAAUAGUGGUGUGAUAAGAUGUACACAAUGACACAAAAGCUUUACAAAAAUAUAUCUAUUCCAACACAAAACGGCAAUGAUGCUGCUAUAGUUUUCUCCACUUGAUUUUUCGCAAGAGAGCAAAUGAUCCGUAGAUUUAAUGAGAUCCACAUUUUUAUUUGAGAACAAGGCAAUUGCUGCUGUGCUGGCCAUCGUAGCAACCGAUGGUGGAAGUUUGACAAUUAAAAUCAAAUGGUUGCGUUCAUGCAAUGUAUAAAUAGACAGGACGUAAUGACACGACAGUUGUAUUUUAAUCGGUGGCCUAAACGUAACGAGAAAAAACACCGGAGCCAUUUUUGUAGGACCUAAACGCAAGGAGGAAGAGACCUUGAGGGUCACACACGGCCGCUAUUCACAGCGACACCGGCCUGCAAAUGCAACAAGACCAGGACUGAUACGUCGCAGAGAAGUGUGCUCAGUCUGCAUUCUGGGAAGAGAGGAAAUGGAGGCCGCCUGAAACCUGGCGAAUGGUCACGCAAAAGAUGGGUUUGCGAUGGCCGCAGUGGAUCGCAAGAGCCAUUGGGACUUCACAAGCAGAACCGAUUCCGAAGCAAGGACCGUAAAAAUCCGAGCCCAUGACAGCGUCCUCCGGAGAGAUCGUCCGUCAACAGCCGCGAGUGUCAAAGUGGUUGUCGUGUCCUCUAAAUCACAAGAUGUGAAAACUCCCUCGCCUGGUAUCCGCAGGAAGUCCUGGGUUCGAGCCUGACUGUUGUAUAUUUGGAGUUUGCGUGUCUCUGUCCCCGUUGGUCGCGUGGGUUUCUCUCCGAGUCCUCCGGUUUCUCUCUCCACAUUUAGGAACGUACGUUUAGAGAACUUGUCUGCGAUAAAUGGCCCCAUGAUAAGCUACUUUGUUGAGCUAUCAUUUGUGGCCAGGUCACUUCUGAAAAUGAGCUAUGUAACUCAGUGGGCCUUACCUAGUAAAAUAAUAACAAAACGUUUUUAUAUAGUUUCAUAUUUUACUUGGGAUCUGAUGUCUUUCUUCUGGCCGUGUGCCUAUCAGACACACCGCGUUUUAAACGUUCCAUUUCGAAAGCGUUUUAUAUUUAUAUCUGCCUGUAAAAACGAAAACGUUACCGUGUAGGCAUGUUUUUUUCUCAUUUGGGAUAUAUGUGAACUUUUAGAAGUCUCUGGAUUUAUGUCUUAGGAGAAGUAUUAUUUUAUUGAACAGUUUUCAUGCUAGAUUGCGCAGUAAUUAAGUCAGUCUGGUUUAAUACAAUCAUAGCGUUGGUUUGCAUUAGAAAGAUCAAUGUCAUGAAUGGUGCAUUUUACAACAUUGGCCUAUAUCUCUAUACACACGCAUAUUUUUAAUAUUGAAAUUCAAUUACAGGUAAUUUUAUAUAGAAUACUGUACAUAAUACAUGUAUCUAAAUCCCUACUUUAUGCACAAAACACACAUCUCUAAACAGCAUGCAUUGCAUAUUCACGGAAUUAAACAAUGCCCGACAAAUUAACAACACAAACCAAGAACAGACCAUGGAAUUGUCAUAGCCCUGUUAAAAAAACUAAAUAGCUAAAUGGUAAUCUUAAGUUGUCUAUAAAGGGCACACACGUGCAGUUUCACACACUGCGUGAAGCGUUAUGAAAAGUGUAAGAUGCAGCUUAGUCGUAGCACAUUACUCGCUUCUGACAGCUUACUCAGUACAAGCAAACUCCAGAAAACUGGAACGCAAGCAGUUAGUGAAUAGGGCAGCACACGAAGCAGAGCUUUAGCGUCAACAUUUAGAACGCAUCUAUACACGGGUGCUCUCAGCUGUGGCCUACUGCAAGGGGGCUUUGUCCUUAGCAACCAGUGGGCCUUGGAAAGGCUUGACGUUCGUCCUUGUCCUUUUAAGCCAGUAUCUUUUCAAAGCUUCAAUUCCAUAAUUUCCAAGGUUGGUGGCUAAGAAUCAGACUGUUAUUCAACGAACCCUUACAGCCUUAACUGUUCCACGCAACGGAGUGCAUUAUUUGAUACGUUGCCAUUGUGGCUGCAUAAAUAUAUUUCUAUUUCAUAUGGAAUUGUUUUGACUAUCUCUAAGCAAGGAACCACGUGAUCUGGGCAAAUGUGAAUCCGAGUACGCUUGAACUAGGCCUCGUGAAGCAUUCGACUAAGAAAUGCAUGUUCUGAAUGUGAUCUGAAACGACCAUUAAAGAAACAACCACAAUUGUGGGCCUUUGGUAAAUAUCACCGUUCUUGUUUCAUAGCAGCCUUCUGAUCACAUGACCACAAACGACAAGACACGGAAUGGAAGCUGCUAUACCUGCAUGAGACAAAAGUGCAUUUUGGUUAAAUUUCCACAAAAGUAGUCUUACCGUCGUCAUAUUUUGUUGUUAUAAUGCAAUUGGCUCUGAGUAUAAUCGAGGUUUAACUGACAGUUUUUCCCCAAGUAUUUUGAUACGAUUAAUACUAUAAUGUUAUGCAGAUUCACAUUAAUAUGUUGAUUUUAAAACACCACUUGUGCUAUUUUAAAUGGAAAUUCGCUACCCCUCUAAGUCACUCAGUGCAGAGUUGCAGAACAGUUCAUGUUUAAUCUCUUGACAUAAGUAAAAAUGAUGUAAAUUUAAUUACCAUAGCCUUGGUUCCCAAGUUGCGCAAUGUGUAGUUUUCCUGCAGCCAUUGUGUUUUAUCCGCUAUUUUUAUUAUUAACAUUUCUACAUGUGUAGAAGAAGCUUCGGAUAAGCAGAUAAACAUGGUAAAAAAAUAAUUUCUCUAUAUGUAAACAGGGAAGAUUAUUCAAAAGAGCCUCCUGUUAUAUUAAUCAUCCAUGUGUCAAUGUCUUCUUACGUUCAUUCUUUAAUGUGUUUGUCAAAAAUCUCAAAUCGAUGCAUCAGUCACACGUAUAAAAUCCCAUUAGGCGAUGUUCACGCUGGUGCGUGUACACACACCCAGACACGAACAAAAGGCAAAGAUGCCACUGAUACAACUGGGACUAUGCGAAAUGUGCUAUUAGCAGGCUGGACGUCUGCGCGCGCACACACGCGCACACACACGUGCUAACAAGUGUCAAACACGAGCAAAUGCUAACACGUGUCUUCUGUCCCACGCUGAUAUUAUAAUGGCUGAGGACGGUGCUCGAGUGAAUUCCUUUGAGGCCGAUGAUCCCUUCAAGACGAGCAGAGUUGAUCUUUUUUUGUCAGUCUCGGUGUUUCCGAGACGCCACAGGAUAAACCUGCUCUUUUACGCAUCUCCGCCUAGGACCACGGUUGUCCAUGUUGAGCUUGUACAAGGCGAGGCAUAUUCAACAUUCCUCGUGCCAUCUCUGCGGGAAAUGAUUGGUUUUUUUCCAUUGAGCCUCCCUUUUGUAUAAAAUCAGCCUCCCGUACGCGCGCCUAAUAAUGCCGUCGAUACAUAUUUGAGAAGGUCUGGGAAUCCAUUAUCCAUUUCUCUUGCUUGCCACAGAGGUUUAUGGUAAAGUAGUAAUUGUCAUUCUUUUCAGGUGAAUGAUGCUCAAACAGUAGAGCUAAGCAUAACGAUGAAAGGGGGACUCGGUGGAGUCUCUUUAGCUUCUUAAUGAAGCAUAAUUUGGGGGUGAGUGCGUGUUACAAUAGAGCAAAAAAACAAAAGAACCUUUCCGCUUGAAAAGAACAAAUUAAAUACAUGACGUGACAUGAGAAUGUAUCCAUCUAAGGUUCUGGGAGGCACUAAUGAGAAUUUGUCGGCUUCGGCUUUGUAUCUAUUAGCUGGGAUUUCUGGCGCAAGCGAAAAGUAUAAAUUACUCAUUUGGAAAGUUAACGUCGAACCAAUGGAACAGUUUUUGAAUGGCAUGUAAGUAUGCACUUCAAAAUCUGCGUUCAAUUUAAUUACAUUUCAUCCUGAUGUUGAGGGUUGAUGUGGGUUUCAAUCGCACACCCAAUCAUAGUUUAUAUGUGAAAUGAUCAGCACACGUUUACAGAUAAUGGCAUGAGUGCUCUCUGUCAAUUUAAUUCCCUGCAAAAUCAUCCUAUAUUUUUAUUUCCAAAUGCCAGUUUUUACAACCCCAUCAAGAGUCCAAUAAAGAGCUCAUAAAUAUAGAUUUUUUUUACUUUGCAAUGAAGGGUAAAUGCAGUUUUUUAUCCCUACAUUUUGGAUAAAUGGUUAUUUCACGUUCAUAUUUGCAUUUUAUUUUGUUCCUUAAUCCUUUGGUGUAAUGUAUUUGAAAUGCCACUUCCAAUAUGAAAUGCCUUGUUAUUUUAAAAAUGAUCAAGUGUACAUUCUUUAGUUUUUGAUAUACAGUACAUUAUGGAAUGCAGCUGUGAAGCCCUAAAUGCUGGUAUUAUUACGUGUUAUUUCUGAAAAUUAGUUUCUAUUGCUGGUUCUUUUUUCAAAUGUUUAUACAUUUCCCCAUUUUACUCUUUUAGCCGUGAAUACCACUUGCCCAAGGUUUCCACAGAUUGUCACAUUUCUUAUUAAAUGUAAUUAUUUUGUUACUGGAGAAUAUAAAAUACAAAUGAACUGGAACCUCAAAAACCACGUAAAAAUGUUACGUUAUUCUUCACAGAUGGUUUUGUUCAGUUCCACGGUGAUGCUGGUCAUUUAAAACGUAUUUGGAGAAAUAGAGGCCAUUUCUAACUGUUCACUAAAGCAUUUAAAGGACAUUUAAAGUUCGGCAAUUGGAUGCAUUACAAAUUGUGCACGAGUGUUGUACAUGGACACCAGUGGCAAUCGUACAAGCUGAAAGAACCAAGAAGACCAUUAAAUACAGUACAGGACUCCUCCACUUACGAACAUUCGACAUAAGCCCUAUCAGGGAUAGGAACAAACCUGUUCGUAUGUCCAGUUGCCUGCUCGGACCGAGAGUCGUAAGUUCAACCGCUCCGCGAAAUAGAUGGCAGUGGUGGCAUCUACAUCUGCGGAACAUGAAGAACCAGUGGCAUCUACAUCUGCAGGAGAUUAUUAAAGUUUUAAAUCCAUUCCCCGUGUUUAGUGUACGUGCCGUACAACAUGUUUGGAAUCAUUAUUGGUUCUUUCGGUAAAGUCACGUUGAAGGGAAAUAAUAAAAUAAUAAAAAUAAAACAUAAUAAAUAUAAUUCUCACGACGUUUC